AUGGCCCGCAUUGCCCGACGUGCACUUCGCAUAAAGGAGCUGCCGCUCUUCAGCUUGCGGCAGCCCUUCCCAGAGAUCGGGCAGCCUUCCGGAGAGCUCGCGCUGAACAUGUUCGAGGACCGCUACGUGGAGCUGGUGCGGCGACUGGAGUCCGGGAAAAGCCCCCACUUCGGCUACACUGCCAUCUCCCACCGGCGCGUGCGAGGGCGAGGGGUGCUCCUCAACGGCCGCGGCUUCCGAUGGGUGGGUUCCCGGAAGUCCGGCCCGGUUGUCCUGCAGGCGCGAGCGCUCGACCGUUUUCGGAUUCUCUCCAUCCGUAGCGAAGUGGUGAAGGAAGGGAGCGACCCUCUGUACAUUGCAACGGUGCAGACGUUUGCAGACCGCGACCUUUCGCGAAUGCAAACUGGUGGCAGAGAACAUCCUGCGCUCGAGACGAUCUGGGGACAGGUCUACGUCCAAGCCGGUGGAGGUCUGGGCUUUGCCUCGUACCAUUUUCACCAGGGCGAGUGCUACAUCUCCUACGAGAGGGCAAACGACAAUACCUUCCCGAAGCUGGACGACGGCAGCCAGCCCCCCGCGAAGAAGUACUUCGAAGAGGUUGCUUACGACCCAGACACUCGCUGUUUUCGAGGAGUCAUUGACUGGUCUCCAAGCUCCUGGCAGGGGGACGAGAAGUGGGUGUACAACAUGGUCUUUUCUGCAGAUCUGGACAGCAUUGUUGCGGGCACCGUGCAUGCUAUCCCUGCGAACAAAGCAAAGCAGACAAAGGAGCUGCGCUUCGGAGUGAACCUCCACUACCGCCUCCUUCGUGCGGCAUGGAUCAUGCCUGACGAUGUGAAGGAAGCCCUGAUGCAGUCGGGGGUUGCCGCCUCGGAUGUAGAAGCGGCGCUGGGUGCAGCGGAGGCAGGCUCUGCUACGGAGUCUUCUGCUGUGCAGGCCUCGUCUUCGAUGAUGAGCCGGCGACGCACGGUGCGCUGGGCCAAAGCUGUGGCGCUGAACCCAAAGCGCGAAAGCUGGUCUCGCCUGGAGGCCAUCGGAACGCUGAAGAGGCUUGGCACGCCGCCCGUCGCUGUGCCACAAGCAGAAGAUGCCUUGUUCUCCGUGCUAUUGGCUUCCGCCGAGCAAACGGAAGGAGCAGGAGAGCUCCAGAGCAACGCGGAGGACGCCCUGCGCGCUUGCUGGGAGGACUCCGGGGAUGCCAAGGUGAAUGCAGAGAUGGCGCGAGGAAUUGAGCUGCUGGACGACCAGAAGGCUGAUGAGGCCAUAGAGAGCUUCACUCGCGUGACGGAGAUGGCACCCAACUUUGCGGAGGGCUUCCACAAGCUCUCCAUUGCGCACUACGCGAAGCAGGAGUUCGAGAAGGCUGUGGAAGAUUGCCGGCAGGCUGGGUUCUGCUGUCUCAGGGCAACGGGGAGAGACUAG